UCGCUGUAACAGGCAUAGCAAUUUGUGAAUUUGUGCGUACGAUCGGCAAGAAGGUUGUAACAUAUCCUUGUGAUAUGUUAAUGUUAAAGAUACUCUUUGUGGCAGCAUUUCUGGUCCUAUGUGAGUGUGGCGUUGUGGGGCCAUACCCAGGACCAUUACACUAUGGGCCAUUGCACUAUGGAUCAUAUCCGGGGCCAGGACCACAUGUAGCACCUGCUCCCAAACCGGCCGCCCCUGAACCCUAUGAUCCAGCACCGAAAUACAGUUUCGGUUAUGAUAUACAAGAUGGCUAUACCGGUGACUUGAAAAGUCAACAUGAAACUCGCCACGGUGAUGUUGUAAAGGGCAGCUAUUCUGUAGUUGAUCCGGAUGGUACCAAACGUACUGUAGAUUAUACUGCUGAUCCUCAUAAUGGUUUUAAUGCUGUGGUACGUAAAGAACCAUUGGCGUAUAAGGCUCAUGCUCCAGUACCGGUUCCAGUUCCCGUGGAACCUGUGGCUCAUGUUGCUCCCGUACCACCAGCACCACCAUUACCUCCUGUACCCAAAUUAGCACCAGCUCCUGCUCCAGCUCCAGCUCCAUUGCCAGCUCUUUAUCACGGUUAUGCACCAUAUCCCGCCGAUGGACCACAUGGCUACGGACCGCAUUAUGGUGGUCCUCACUAUGGUCCAUAUCAUAAGUAG